CCUUUUCUGAGGAGUUGUGUGUGUGUGUGUUAAUGUUUUAAAGACUGUCUAGUAGGGAAUAUGUGCCUGUAGGCUGUAUAUAACCCUCUUCGGCUGCCUGCCUUUCCCCAGGGCCCUUUAGGAGGAGGCUGUGGCAGAGCAAAUUGGCUGGGUGGCAGCAGCAGUCUUGUUCCUAGAGGGUGUCAAGAGCCUGCCAAGGCCGGGUUCCUUUCCUGGGUCAGCUCUGAAAGGGAUGGGAACUUGAAGUAAAUAAAUUCCAGGUCACUGUAGCUGACUUUUCCAGGAGGCUGUGAAAUGGGACCAGCUGUCUUGUGUGGCUUACUGCCUGUGUGAACUUGAGUGCUUCUGGAUUUUAAUCUCCCAGGGGCUCAUUCUGUGAGUGCUUCACAAACAGUCUGUGGAGUCAUGCUCCUUCCAACAUAAUUUUUUUCUAACAUUGCAAAAUUUGUUCUUCGUGCAAUUGCACAAUUCAGAAGAGGUUCCUUGUUUAGAGUGUUCUGAGCAGAAUUUGCUCACCAUCAGCCCAAGCAGAGUCUUGAAGAGUCCCUUAGGUAGGGGAGGGAGGGCUGGCUGGCUGGCUAUAACAUGCUGCACCAUCUCUGCACUCUUGUUUUCUGAGUGCAGUGUCAGAAAUGGACCCAUUGAAGCUCUUGAGUGGAUUCCAGGCUCUAGAUGCAGAGGGUAUGGAGAUAUCUGUCUGAAGUCAUGUGUCAAGUGUAUAAACUCUGGAGAGGGGUGUGUUUCCAGCAUUUUCUGCUGAUGUAAUAGGUCACUCAGUUUUCACUGCAAGACAUGUGGCCGUCCUUUCCUGCAGUGCAGACUCAUGGAUAAUAUUUGGGAGGCAAGUACCUAAAAAUAAUAUGAAAACGAUAUGGGACAAGCUUGUUAGCAGGGCUUGUGGUGAUAGGACAAGGGGUAAUGGCUUUAAACUAAAAGAGGGUAGAUAUAGACAGGAUAUAAAGAUAUUUAUGGGUUGUUUUUUUUUCUGCAGUGAGGGUGGUGAAAUGUGCACAGGCUGCCCAGAGAGGUGGUAGGUGCCUGUAAACAUUCCAGGUCAGGUUGGAUGGGGCUCUGAGUGACCUGGUCUAGUUGAAGAUGGUCAUUGGGGGGGGGCUGGCCUAGAUGACCUUAAAGAGCCCUUCCAACCCAAACCAUUCUGAUUCUGUAGCUGAAUUUUGGAUGUGUGUAUGCUUACAUAUUGGAUUCGUUCCUAAAUGUGACUCUACAGACCAUUUGUAACAGCAGUUUUGCAGAAGCCUCUUCCAGAAAUGCAGGAGUGAGCCUCCAGGGGGGAAAAAAGGUGCUCUUAAUCCAGAUAGCGCAAUUCUGCUUGCUGAACUCCAUGGAGAAAUGGGACAGAGUCUUGCUGGGGUGGGCUCUUUGGGAUAAGGGGCACUAAUUCAAGGUCAUUAUGCAAAUCUGUCCACUUAAUAACUUGGUCUAAAUGCUUUAGAAGAAUUCACUGUGUGGAAUCGGUGAGCUGGUGCUUGUACUGGCUGUAUUUCGUGCUUUGAGAUUGAAGAUGACUGAAUAUGAGACAGCCACCAGGCAUGAAGUGGGGGCUCAUUCCUUCCCCCAUCUCUUACCAAAGUAUAAAGUUAAAUAUAUACCAACUACUGCAAACAAUCUGGAAUUUGAGAUUAAACUUGAACUGAUGAAAGAUGUGGCUUUGGGGAAAUUGGGUGUUUGUUCCCAGGAAGUCUCAAGCUUUCCUAUGUUUUUCAUAGAAGUGGAAAGUGCUGUAACAGGUCCUUUUUUUUUUGAAAUGGGUGCAAUGUUCUUCUACAACUUCUUGAUAUUUAGUCAGUGCUUAGGAAGGUUUGGGUUGUUUCUUCUCUUUCCUUCUCGUAGUCCAGGCUCCUUGCCUGGCUAACAGCUCUCCUAAUUUGCUGCAGUCUUACCUAGUUAAAGUCGAUGCCAAUUAAAUCUGUGGUUAUACAGCUGUCCUGCUAUUGCUGCUCUGAAAGCAGCAGGAAGGACUGAAGAGCAAAACAGGAGGGUAGAAAACACACUCUAUUUUUAGGACAAGAUUGGCUUAUCUUGUAUUUAUCCUCACUAGGGGGAUAAUGUUUCCAGAGACCUCCCAUGAGCGAAGGCUGCAUAAGGGCUGAGUUAAUUUUAACCGCCUGGCAGUCAGCAAGCAUGGAGCCUGCACAAGAACCAGAGGAGCUGGGACCUCAGACAGAAACGGCUGCAGACACAGUUCUUGAGGUUGGAGAGAGACUCUUUCAGGUCAGCCGCAGGGUGCUUUCAGUACACAGUCGUUAUUUUGAAGCCAUGUUUUUUGGGGGGGCAAGAGAGAGCUCUGAACACCACAUAGUGAUCAGAGGGAUCGAUGCAGUGCCUUUUCAGGUGCUACUCGAGUUCACUCGCACAGCCCAAGUGCUUAUAGGUCAAGAAAAUGUGACCAGCUUACUGGAAACAGCUGACUUUUUUCAGUUUGACAGAGUGAAACUGUUGUGUCAGAAGUUUCUGGAGAGAGAACUGCACGUUUCCAACUGCCUGGGCCUGAUGACCUACUCGCAGCAAUUUGCCUUUAUAGACCUGUACGAGUCUGCUCUGAAUGUGGCUCUCAGUCACUGGGGGGAUGUGAUGUGCCAGGAAGAAUUUAAGGUGCUGCCCAAGGAAACGCUGAUACAGCUCCUAAAAAGCGACGACCUCUUCGUUUCGCGAGAAGAUGUGGUUUUUGACAGUGUUAUGAGGUGGAUAAUGGAGGACCCAGCAACGAGAGAGGAAGACUUUCUGGAUUUGGUGGGCGAAAUCAGGGUUACUUUUCUGAGUUUGUCCUUCCUUGAUAUCUUGGUGAAACGCAGCAAGCGCCCUGGAGAGACAGAUACCUUUUCCAGGCUAAUAAAGAAGUUAGACAGCUGUCCUCCACCCAGCUGGCAAAAUAAGGAACUGUGUCCUUAUGCUGGUCGGAGUUACGACACCUUAUAUGUCCUGGGAGGAAAGCAUGACAAGGAACAGCAAGAAUUAUUUCUCUUUCAACCUAAAACAGGGACCUGGCAGGCUUGUUCUCCACUGCAGCGCAGGAACCUCACCCAAUAUGCAGUGGCAGCAGUAGGGAGCUUCCUCUUUGUGACAGGAGGAUAUUUCCGGGAUGAGUUUGUGUGGUACAGUGUGGAUUGGGUGCUUAUCUACAACUGCCUGGACAACAGCUGGCUGGAAGGACCUGCCAUGAAGAUGUCCCGCAACAGCCACUGUGCAGUAGGAGCAGGUCUCUACCUGUACGUGCUCGGAGGGAGCACCGACGAAGGGAUAGUCCCAGCAGUGGAGCGCAUGGCUUUGCUGGAGUCCGAGUGGGAAAGCAUGAGUCCUAUGGCUCAGCCUGUGGAGAGAGGAGAUGCGGUCAGUGUGGGAACCAGGAUCUAUGUGGUCUGUGGCCUGGAUGAAAAUGGACACGUGUAUGAUGGAGUGCAGAGGCUGAACACAGAGACGGACAGCUGGGAUGUCGUCUCAUUCUCCCCACUUCCAAGGUACGACCUCUGCAUCACAUCACUGAACGGCGCGCUGUACACCAUAGGAGGGGGAGCUUUUCGGUUUGAUGUGGAGACAGAUGAGUGGACCCGGGUGGAUGAGGAAUGCUUGACCCAGAAGUUCUUCAUGGGCUGCAGCACUGUGAAUGGACGGAUUUAUCUCCUUGGGCAGAGGAAGGGGAACGGUGCCCUCCCCGUCGUAGUCCUCUUUGAUCCCUACGUUGACACGUGCCAGGUCAUAGAUUACAAACUCCCUUGCCCCCUUCCUAUUCGUGGGUGCGUCUCUGUGCGCAGGUUUGAUACGUGGGCGUGAGAGAUGCCAGAUCCAGCAUAACUAAACAGCCUUGUGCUUUACAGCACUCCUGGUGGGGUGUUAAGAUUGUAUUCGGUUUGGGCUGUGAAAUUUCUUAAGUUUUGAAAAUCCAUCUGUUCCUUCCCAGAUGUCUGUCUUUUCUACCUGGCAAAUGAUCACAAAGCAAAAGCCAGUGAAACCUUUGUGUCUGCGCAAAGGCUGCAGGUCGUUAUUGGAAAUAGCAGUCAGCGUUGUCAUGGUCCAUCAGCUCCUCAGCUGGUGCUAAAUAAAGGGCUGCUCUGAGCUUUGACCUCUGUGGCUCUGUCCUUUGAACAGCUCAGAGAGACACGAAAGUCAUUGCAUCAGUGUUUAAAAAAUAUUGUUGGAGUAAACUACUAAAUCAAAUGCAUGUCAA